UGUUCCUGUGCUAGCUUUAUAACACAGAUGUUGAUUAACCUGAUUCAUAGUGCGUGUGUUAAGCUUAGUGCAUCGUUAAUGUUAGCCCAGUUUGGUGUUUGGAAUUGAAACAAACUGUUUUUAAGUUCACCAAAGCAACUGAAGAUGAUGACGACCCUGCCACUGCUCACCUUGACCUUGGCCGCAGUGUCCGGUGACCCGACCUGGACCUUCACCAGCCCUCCGGCCACCAAACACGACACGGAACCGGAAGUCCGGAGCUACAAGCUGGACAACCCUGGAUACAACGCGAUCAUCACUGCACUGCGCUACGAAUACUACAAGAUAAAAGUUCGGCUCCUACCCCCGAAAAGGAAACUGAACUACACCGAAGAUACACUUCAACCUUUUAAAUGGAUCAUGCCUUGUGUACCCAAACCAGACCAAAACGAACUGACCUGUGUUAACUACACCGACCAAAACACAACAUGCAACCUUUUUAUUGACCUUCCUUGCAAGGCGAAACCAGGUCGUUCCAGAUGGGAAGCGAACCUGCUGACAGACAUCACAGUUAAGAAAGAAACUAACUUAAACGAUACUUUAUUUACAAUAGAUGACUGUCAGGUUGUGUGCUUGGAUAUAGGCUAUUUCUAUGAGGAUGUGUAUAGCGGUGGGAAUGGAAUUUCUUACGAGCUUACGGGGAUUAUAGCGGCAGGUGUUGUGAUUGUCGCAUCGUUGGUGAUUUUUGGUUCGGUUUACAUGUGUUGGAGACUGAUAUAA